AUGGCAUCCUCUGCAAAUGGAAGUAUCACCACGAGGUGGCGCGAGCUCCAAGGCGACAACUCCUGGAAGGGCCUCCUGGACCCGCUGGAUAUGGACCUCCGCAAGUCCAUCAUCUCCUACGGCGAGCUCGCCGAGGCCACCUACGACGGGUUCAACACGGAGCGGCGGUCGCCGCACGCCGGCGCCUGCAUGUACGGCUACUCCGACCUGCUGGCCAGCUCGGGCGUGGCGGCAGCCGGCCACUACGAGGUCACCAGGUUCAUCUACGCCACGUCGGGGCAGCCCCUCCCCGACGCCUUCCUCCGGCGCCCGCUGGCGGCGCUCAAGGACGUGUGGUCCAGGGAGUCCAACUUCAUGGGCUACGUCGCCGUGGCCACCGACGAGGGCGCCGCCGCGCUGGGGAGGCGCGACAUCGUCGUCGCGUGGCGCGGCACCGUGCAGAGCCUGGACCACGCCGGCUCCAAGUUCAACAAGACUAGCGCCAGGGACCAGGUCUUCGAGGAGGUGAGGAGGCUGGUGGAGCUCUACAAGGACGAGGAGAUGAGCAUCACCAUCACCGGACACAGCCUCGGCGCGGCCAUCUCCAUCCUCAACGCCGUCGACAUCGUCAGCAACGGCGUGAACGUGCCCGGCGGCUCAUCAUCCACCAAUAAGCCACCGUGCCCGGUGACGGCCAUCGUGUUCGCGUGCCCGCACGUCGGCGACCGCUUCUUCAGGGCGGCCUUCCAAUCCUUCAAGGACCUCAAGGCUCUCCACGUGAAGAACGCCGGCGACGUCGUGCCAAUGUACCCGCCGCUGGCGUACGUGGACGUGGCCGUGACGUUGAACAUCAACACCGGGGCAGCGCCGGAGGGUUUGCUGGAGGUGGAGCGCGACGUGGCGCUGGUGAACAAGGGCGCCGACGCGCUCAAGGACGAGUACCCGGUGCCGGCGAGCUGGUGGGCGCCAAAGAUCAACAAGGGCAUGGUGAAGGAUGAUGCCGACGGCCAGUUGAUGCUCAACGACUUCCAGCAAAUCUAA